CGUCGGUCAGUCCUUACAGGUGUCUACCAAUUUGUACAGUUCAUUCUUUAGCCCGUUUUCUUUUGUCGUUGUCCUGCAGCCUGAUCUUUGCCUCGUCGAUCGAACCCCGGAUCAGCCGUGUAGUUGUUGUGACGCCGAGCUGCCACCUCCUCCUGGCCCUUGCAGACGGCUUGAACACCCCCCCUCGCUUCGCAUCAACGCCCUGCUCUUGUGCCCCCUUGUUUCCCCUUGGACACAUAUUUUGAAGCCGUUACCUCUUCAACUCCGGCCGUCUCGUCAUAACCUUGGAUCCUUGGUUCACCUACUGUUGAUUGCGAAGGGAAUGGCCUUUUGUGAGACGCAGGUACUUCGAAACUGAACAAUGUGAUCCGCGACUUUUUACAGUUCUUGCAGCAAAAUGCGCGAGCCUCAGCCUUCUAAUAUCUACGUUGCGCCUCUACGAAUCCGCAAGAAUAGUGACGACGAUGACGACGACGACGACGACGAAAGCCACGGGCCAUCCGUCAAAAUGGAAGAGACGGGGUCGGCCACUCCGAAUCCACGACCGACAUCUAUAGAAUCCCUCGAUGACAUGGCCUCCUCUCGCGCAAGAUUCCACAACUAUCUACGAGCCCUCUAUCCCUUCCAACCCUCCUCUCCUCAUUCCUCCACCACCGUCACACUACCUCUCAAUGCCGGAGAUAUCAUCCUGGUACACUCUGUGCACAUCAAUGGCUGGGCGGAUGGCACGCUGCUUGAGACAGGAGCGCGUGGGUGGCUACCGACCAAUUACUGCGAGGGUUACGACUAUGCUGCCAUGCGACCUCUCCUCAAAGCAUUGACCGAAUUCUGGGAUCUCGUCCGCUGCGCGAGUGAUUCGAACCUGGGUCUUUUCCGCAAUCAGGACUACAUGAGAGGCCUGGUCGCGGGUGUCCGCGCCUUGCUGGAACGCUCCAACUGUCUGACUAGAGAUUGUACCCUGGUUAAGAAGCACGAUGCCAUACGCAGGACGCGUAAAAACCUCCUCUCUGAUCUCGCUCUUCUUGUGCGUGCGGCAAAGGAACUGCAACAAGUAGUUGUGGGCCAUGCGGCCAGCAAGGAUACCCUCGACAUCCGGCUAGAUGACAUGCUCUUAAAAGCGUUCCGAAUUGUCACCCGCGCCGUCUUGUUUUACGAUGUCUGGACCGAACAAGCCGAUGCGUCACCGGGAGCUGCUACAAGACCGUCCGACUCUUCUUCGGAAUCCGUCGCGGCUCUGCAAUCUCAGCACUCGACCAAAUCACAAGCCACUGUCCGACGUCAAACCUCAACAUCCGUCAAAACGAAACCUUCAGGCACAACCGGCCUGUCGAAACAUAGCAGCCAAGGUUCCACAACCAAUCCUAGCCACAUGCGGCGGCAUUCAUCCCUCACACAUCGCAUGUCGUACAGCCGUGGCACAGGCCAGAAGAAUACCAACCUGAUAUCUGAAUUUCUCAAUCGCUCUUACGACGAGUUCCUGACAGUCCUGGCCUCGUUCCUGGGAUCUCACAUGCAAUCCAGGUCAUCAUCCGAGUUGUUGCUUACCACACAAAACGCUGUUCGGGCUUGUCGACAGCUAUUUGCCGUGGUCGAAACGGUCAUUGACCGAGACUACAGCACCUCUCGACCACUGGUUCAAGCCAAAGAUUCCAUGUACGACGCGAUUACUGAACUAGUCCACGCUGCUCGCCAAGUCUUCAAGCCCAUCCGCUCGAUGGAUGACGACCUGAUUUAUUCUCCCGAUGAGGCGCACAGUCUGGUACAGGCUGCCACCGCCUGCGUCAGUGCUGCAGGUCGGUGCGUCACUCGAACCAAAGCGACGCUAGAAGAAAUAGGGGAUUUUGAGAUCGAGAAUUUGAGUUACCUGUUGGGCAGGAAUUCAGGUGGCUCCAGCACGCCAGAGCCUACAAACGUCGAACCCCCGCCGUCGGAGCGUCUCACAACUUCCUCCACGGUGACGUCGGCCACAGCUAAGAGAACAGAUAGAUCAGACGAGCGCCCUCACAUCGUCAUCAAUCAGGGCCUCCUGACUCCGCCUCUCUCUCUUACAACUGCCGAAUCUCCUUCCACAGCCACCGGUAGUGUUCCCCCUACACCAAAAGAUGACGUUGUUGCGGAGAUCAUUCGCUCCUCGCCUUUGCCCUCCACCUCUUUGGCUCAUCAGAAGUUCUCUGCAACUUCUCCGGUUUCCAGUCAGUCUGCGGACGUCAGGCAUCAUCGCAAGUCCAGUUCACGCGCGGUCGGAGGAAGUACAAGCAGUGACAGUAGCUUCGAACGCAUCGAGCGACGAUCAAAUCCCAGCAACCUAUCCUCGGCGUCGACGCGGGUCACCUCGGUUCAUGAAGAUUUUAGCCACUCGCUGAAGGCGCCCAUCUCGAGACCAUCGCAUGAUAGUGGUCGCCGCGCGUCCCUUGACGAUGAAGAAGAUGCCGAGGCAGAAAUCCUUGUUCACACCUAUUCCCAAGAGCUUGUCUUUAAUCGAGAAGGCAUAAUCGUCGGAGGUACACUGAAUGCCUUGGUGGAGAGACUGACCGCCCCUGACUCAGCCCCCGAUGUGUCUUUUGUCACCACCAUCUACCUCACAUUCCGUCUCUUUGCGACACCUGCGACAUUUGCUCGUGCCUUGAUCUUUCGGUUCGAAUACGUUGGCGACAACUUGAGCAUCGCAGGCCCUGUCCGACUCCGCGUGUACAAUGUCUUCAAAGGCUGGAUGGAGUCUCACUGGCGGCAUGAUUGUGAUGACACGGCACUUCCGGUCAUUGUCGGCUUCGCCAGAGAGUCGCUUCUUGGUGUAUUGCCAAUGGCCGGCAAGAGAAUCCUUGAACUCGCGGAGAAGGUUGCCACAAGCCAUGCACCCAUCGUUCCGAGAGUGUUGUCCGCUAUCGGAAAGACGAGCACAUCAACAGCAGCCUAUAUUGACCCGAGCACCCCAUUGCCAAAUCCUGUUAUCUCCAAGAGCCAGCUCACUGCGUUGAGAGCUUGGAAAAUGGGCGGCCCGUCAGUUUCCAUCCUUGACUUCGACCCUCUGGAACUCGCGCGCCAGAUCACAUUGAAGACGUCCAAGAUCUUUUGCUCGAUUCUUCCCGAAGAGCUUCUAGGGACGGAAUGGACCAAACGCAGCAGUUCUCUGGCCGUCAAUGUGCGCGCUAUGUCGACGCUGUCUACCGACAUCUCGAACCUGGUCUCCGACUCGGUGCUUCAACUCGAAGAACCCAAAAAAAGAGCCGCCAUCGUCAAACAAUGGGUCAAAAUUGCCAAUAAAUGCUUGGACUUGCGCAACUUUGACACGGUCAUGGCGAUCGUAUGCGCACUGGAUUCGACCAAUAUCAAAAGAAUGAAGAAGACGUGGGAAUGCGUGCCUCAGAAGACCAAGGCAAUCUUUGACGAGAUGUGCAAGAUUGUCGAUGUGGCCCGCAACUAUGCUGUUCUGCGUCAACGUAUUCAAUCUCAACUCCCACCGUGUCUCCCUUUCAUCGGCGUUUACUUGACAGACCUAACCAUGGUUGAUUCAGCCAACCCAUCUACAAGGCGGCUUUCGACGGAUAGCGGUGAGGCCUCGGUCAUCAAUCUGGACAAGCAUAUGAAGACGGCGAAGAUCAUAUCCGAGUUGCAGAAAUUCCAGAUCCCCUACCGUUUCGCCGAAGUCUCCGAGCUCCAGACGUGGAUGCAAGAUCAACUUAUUCGAGUCAGAUCUGCAGGGGAUAAAAGUUUUCAGCUUCACUAUCGACGUUCAUUGAUUUUAGAACCCAGAGAACCCAGCAGAAGCCCAAAUCCCGAGACAGGGACAGGGAAAGACAGGGAGAAGUUCGACUUCUUUACAUGGGCGCACCUGGCCCCAAAGGAAAAGUCGGUCUCUGUGUCUAGUUGAUCAGAAACCUUUAAGCUGGUCACAGAACCUGGACUGCGGAAGCGACGUUGUUAUGAUUUGUGUUUUCUAUUUUCCCAGGAUUGUUAUGAGCUUAUGAUACCCCACGGCUGUCUUCUUGUUUUUGCUAUGUUUCCCACUGGCGUGGAAUAUUGGUUUCUCUUGCGAGGCGUUGGAUUUGGCGGGGCUGUGGCAUUGAUGUUUCUCUGUCUUCUUAAUCCGGGACUCCUCAGGCAUUUGGCUCGAUGGUGGGGUGGCUGAAUCCAGGCAUUUGUUCACGUAAUGUGGGUGUAUCAUAUCACGCGCGUCGUUCUUCCCUGGAGCCAGGUCUUCUAAUAUGGGGCAGCCUCGGACGCGAGAUGUACGUGUUAGGGAUCAAGCCGAGUUUUGUUUCAUCUAGAUAGUGAUGGAUCCUUCUGCUGGCGGACUGGCUCCUGGAUAGGAAAAGGUCUUUGAAAUGAGUUCUGCAGAUCUGGUUGUGUUAGACAGUUUUCGCAAAGGCGAGACAGGCGAGGUCCAUGAUGCCACAGGUGUCUCGAUAGCUCUAGCCCAGUUGUACAUGUCUCAUCACAACACGUUGGCUGUAUUGGUUCGCAG